GUGCCUGUCAUUGUUGCUCCGUCACAUUCACGCGAGGUCGAAAGGGAGAAGAGAGAGAAGAGAGAGAACCGUUCUCUCUUCUCCAUCUCCGUCUCCUGUUCGAUCCAAGCCGAACCCAGACUCUAACGGCGAUGGAUCUGGCCGAGAGAUCUCGCCAAUCCUUCCUUCCGAGCUUCCUCUACUCGCCUUCCCCGGCCGCCAGAACCCUGGCCGUGGACCGGAUCCUAGGGAGGAGCCUCGUCUCGCCGGCGGCGGAGGUGGGUAGCACCUCGCCUACCCUGAUCGUCGCCCAGGCACCCAACGAGCCCGGAAAGAUCGAGAUGUACUCGCCCAUGUUCUACGCCGCCUGCACCGCCGGCGGCAUCGCCAGCUGUGGCCUCACCCACAUGGCCGUCACCCCACUCGACCUCGUCAAGUGUAACAUGCAGAUCGAUCCAGCUAAGUACAAAAGCAUCUCAUCAGGAUUUGGAGUCUUGCUAAAAGAACAAGGGGUCAGAGGGUUCUUCAGGGGCUGGGUACCAACCCUGCUUGGAUACAGCGCCCAGGGGGCGUGCAAGUUUGGGUUUUAUGAGUUCUUCAAGAAAUACUAUUCAGAUAUAGCAGGGCCUGAGUAUGCUGCCAAGUAUAAGACGUUGAUAUAUCUUGCUGGGUCUGCUUCUGCUGAGGUGAUUGCUGAUGUAGCUCUCUGCCCCUUUGAGGCUGUGAAGGUGCGGGUCCAGACACAGCCUGGGUUUGCUAGGGGAUUGAGCGAUGGGUUGCCUAAGUUUGUCAGAUCUGAGGGUGUUUCGGGAUUGUACAAAGGCAUAGUUCCGCUUUGGGGACGUCAGAUUCCUUAUACUAUGAUGAAGUUUGCCUCAUUCGAGACUGUGGUUGAGAUGGUCUACAAAUAUGCUAUUCCAACACCUAAGGAACAGUGUACCAAAACACUCCAGCUGGGAGUGAGCUUUGCUGGUGGUUAUAUUGCUGGAAUUUUCUGUGCUAUAGUUUCUCAUCCAGCUGACAACCUUGUCUCUUUCCUUAACAAUGCCAAAGGUGCCACAGUUGGUGAUGCUGUGAAAAAGCUUGGUAUGUGGGGUCUUUUCACACGUGGCCUUCCUCUUCGCAUUGUUAUGAUUGGUACUCUGACUGGUGCACAAUGGGGGAUCUAUGAUGCAUUCAAAGUCAUGGUUGGCCUGCCUACCACUGGUGGAGUUGCUCCUGCUGCAGCUCCUGCUUCAGAGGUUGGGAAGUUGAAGGCCGCCGCAUAAUUAUUUAUGGAUAUCAAUGACUCAAUUUUUGACGUUUCAGUCCAUUUUGCAAGGAAGGGUAACAUCAUUCCAAGGCAAAACAUUGAUUGCUUUUGACAUGUUUUCUGGGAUGGUUUUAUUCUCAUCCCUUCUGCCUGUAAAACUCAAUUAAACAGGUAAUUGCAACAUUUAGCAUGAUAACAACAGAGGGCUUCCGAGGAUUAUUCAGUAAUGGCCUUUGUAAAUUAGAUUAUCAUUUGUUUAGUCACUGAUUUUUGGUUCUCUAAUAUUCGUGACAAUGUGAUUCUAGCAGGCUGUAUUAGAAAGCUUGUUUCCCAAUUCUUGCAUGUAUUACCUAAGCGAGGGGAACAACCUGACUGUGAUGAUAAGUACAAUAAAUGGCUACCUGUUUUUAGUGGUUA